GCAGCCUCUUUUCACAACAUGUGAAGGGAAGGGGGGCGGCUUUCCUCCUGCUGCUGCUGCCCUUUCUGUUCCCAGAUCAUUUGGAAUCACGAUCCGGUUUAAACCAAAGUGGGAACAAGGCCUGGGUAUUCCCUGAAGCCUCUUUGUGCCAAGCGCUGGAGCUGUAGGUGCCAUCCUGGGGUGGGCAAAGCAGGAGAGGUUGCCUUCAGACCCUGCUGGACAGAAACACAGGAUGCUGAAGACUAUUAAACAAGCACUCUUCUCUGCUGGGCUAGAGAUGCCCAAAUGGACAGCACUGCCCAACCAGGCUUCCGAUUAUGAAAUUCGACAGUAUGAACCAGCCAAAUGGGUGAGCACAUCUAUUAAAACUUUGAACUGGGAUUCAGCUAUCAAUACUGGCUUCACAAAGCUCUUUAACUAUAUUAAGGGCAAGAAUGACAAAGGAGUGACAAUAAAUAUGACUGCUCCAGUGACAUGCUUUGUGCAGCCAGGUGCAGGCCCAUUCUGCGAGUCAACCACAACAGUCUCCUUUUAUGUGCCAUCUCAACACCAGGCAAAUCCACCUAAGCCCUUGGAGGCAGAUGUUUUCAUCGAAUCCAGACCAGCAAUCACCGUAUUUGUCAGAUCAUUUGGAGGAUUUGCCAAUGCCAGAAAGAACCAAGAAGAAACAGUGACACUUGCUGAAAGCUUGAAGCGGGAUGGGAAAGCUUUUCAAGAAAAGGUCUAUUAUAGUGCUGGCUAUGACAGUCCAUUUAAAUUGCUGAACAGACACAAUGAAGUUUGGCUUGUCAAGUAAAGCUAAAACCUCAGCAGUGUGGAUUAUAGUGUUGACAUCCAAAUGUGUCCUUAACAAAAUGUAACUUUCUAACAAAGUACGGCCAUAUUUUUGUAUAAUGUUUUCUAAUUAUUUCCCCCUAUCCUUUCCACUGUUGAAAUUUCUGUGCUUGGAAAUCUAUCAGUGCCAAUGUGAAAUAGACUGCAGCACCAUCUUGUAGGCAGCCAUGCACCUAAAAGCAAAUGAAGUAUUAUACUGGUAAAUGGAAAACCAGAAGUGAAUUUAAAACAUGCCUUGAAAAUAUGACUGAAUUUCCUUUUUGAUAGCUGAUGCUCCUUUCUAUAACCUUUUUAAUUCCAUCACACUUGUACUGACAACAGUUUCUAAAUUAUUAUAUAUUUUUCCAGAUAACCAAAGUCAGGAGUAUAAAAGCUAAGACUUGAGUAUGAAAUGUUUGAGGGUGAGGGAGAUAGGAAGCCCUUUAUGGAAUCCUUGGGCCUGAUUCUUCCCUCCUCUAGCCAAAUUAUGAUUCCCUUGGUAAUCUUCUAAAAAUAGUAGCUAAAGGGGCUGUCACAAGAAAAGACGUACCUGCCUAUACUUUGAGCACUGUUCUCAAGAGCCUUAAGUAUGCCCUCUACAAUAAAUACUGAAGGAGCUUUAGGCCUCAGAAGCCUAUGCCCUAAAUGGGCAAAGGGGCUUUCUCACAACUGGGUACUACUGCAUGGUAUGCAUAUUUAUACCAUAAAUAUUCAAAAACAGCUGUCUUACCAAAGCUUCAGGAAUCAUGUUUUGUUUUCUCAAUUUUGGUAUUGAGUGGGUAUUUAAUUACAGAUUGAUGCUCCUUGCUUAAGUGGUUUCUCUACUUUUAUAUGCUUGUUGUGUGUGUUUUUUUUAAAAAUAGCAUCUUCUAUCAUAUGACUGAGCAAUAUGUUGCCACAAUGAAAUGUAGCACAAUUUGGACACACAUUGUUUUCCUGAGAAAUAUCAAAACUUAUCCAUCCUGAUAGAUACUUGACUCCAUGUAUUUACAUGGGGCAAACCUCUAUCUUAACUUUCACUCCUCACGAGGAUCUCCUUGUUUUUCUGUUUUUGUCCAUGAAACUUUGUAAGGUGCUAAUAUAAUAUUGGAAACUGCUAAUUGUAUUGGUGCUUAAAAAUAUAUUGCUACUUUGC